AUGGACGGCGCAGAGGUCGAUCACUUGACCGCUAAACUUCUGGCGCAGUGGAACUGGAGAUCCGACACCCAAAGCGGCUCCAUCAGACGCAGAUGUCCCUCACCUGAACCCUCUGCCUCGCCCUGCUCCAGCUGUUCCUCAUCCUCUCCAGAGGCUCCAGGGGAAAUGUUCUCGGAUUAUUCCUACGGAAGGAAAGCGGGCCAGACGAAAUCGUCUCGACCCAAAAUGUCGACGAAAAGGCGCAUGAAGGCGAGCGAGAGAGAGAAGAUGCGCAUGAGGAGUUUAGCUGAAGCUUUGCAUCAGCUCCGGGAUUACCUGCCUCCUGUCUACAGCCGCAGAGGACAACCACUGACCAAGAUCCAGACUCUCAAAUACACCAUCGAGUACAUAAAGGAGCUGUCGGAAAUCCUCAAUCAAGAAUGA